AUGGUUCUGCAAUCAGAAGACCCGGGCUCAAACCCUGCGGGUUCCUUCUGCUUCCAGAUGCUGGGGUAUCUGGUACUUGUGCCUCCGUGUCCCCGUUCUAGCUCCGUGGUGGAACGUGUAUCAAGAGGAGCGAUACUUUGUUCCGCUUCCGCCCCAUCGUCUUCACCGACCGAGGGUAGGCGGGGCCAGGCGCUGCGCCUCCUCUCCUGGCCCCGGGAUGCGACCAGAAGCGCUCGGCCCCUCGCACGUGACUCAGAUCCGCUGCCAGUCCCGUCCCGUCCCACAAGCUCUGCCCCCAGCUCCAUGACAACAGCUCUUCAACUCCGCCCCUCCUCUUCCCCUGUCCCCGCACCAGAGCGACCCGGGUAUAGGGCAUUGUUGGUGAUGGGGUCUGGGCCUCUAUGUCUGUUUCUGUUCCUACUGCUGACCCUGUGGUUGCCACCCCCGAGCCAGGCUUUGAGCAGGCCUGUCUGGUACCAGGUGGGGCUAGACUUGCAGCCCUGGGGAUGCCAGUCACCAGGUCUGGUGAGCUGUGGGGGGGGGCUGGCCUGCCCUGGCAGAUGGAUGGGCCUGAGCACCAUGGGCACUGUCUACCCCCUGGCGGCUGUCACAGUCACCGUUUUGAUAGUGGUUACCCACUUUGUCUACCAAAGACGCCAAAUCAUCUUCUCCCGAAUCCCGACCACCCAAGAACAAUCGAUUGUGCCAUCAGAGCUCCUUUUGCCCCCGAGGUCGGGCUCACCGCCUUCCGAUCAUGUCUUGCUCUGCAAUGGACUGCAUAUGCUGGAGGCUGUCCUAAACCACAUCGAAGGCCACCUUCGGCAGCAGGCAAACCAUUCCUCCUCCUCAGCCUCUGCCAACCAAAUAAAGGGCCCCUCUGCUGAUAGUGCGUAA